AUGGAGUCGAGUCGAAGCACCGGCGAUCUUUUGACACCCGGCGCGUUAUGGCAAGAGGAGACCGCCGUCCUUGUGUGCGGCGGCCGACGCUGCGGCCGCCGCUUCAACCGACUCUUCUGCCCCAAACACCACUGCCGGUGGUGCGGCCGUGUGUACUGCGACACCUGUGCGCCGAAACGGGCGAUGUACAAGCAGCAGCUCUUGCGCAAGUGCAACCAGUGUCGACUGCCGGUCGUCUUUCGACACUCGUGGAACGCCCGCACCGGCGCGAUGGACUGCGCCCCCUUCGAGUGCAUCAUUGGGUACCUCACACCGCGCAGCAUCACGGCGCUCCUGCAGAGCUGCUACACGAUGAUGUCCGAGUUCCCCGUAUGCGGUUACCCGUUCUACAAGUCGAUUCAGCAGCGCUUUCCCUCCUUUUACCCCGGCGCACAAAUCGGUCGCGGCACCUUCGGCACAGUGUUCAAGUGCGAAGACCGCACCGCCACGGACCGCAGGCGCGCAAUUCUCAAGUGCAUCAGUAAACGCACGAACUUGACGUACACGCGGUGGAUCGGUGCCCUCACGGAGCUGCGGAUACUCGAGUCGGUGAAUCACCCCAACGUGGCGCACCUUCUCGGAGCCUUCCAGACCCGUGAGGACUUAGUCAUUGUUAUGGAGGCGGGCGAGGGCGGCACGGCGCGGCGGGCGGCUGCGUGCAUGCGCGAGUACGGCCAAGCCGCCACAGAGGCGUUCACUGCGAACAUUAUCGAAGGUGUCGCCGCUGGCCUCGACUACCUCUACCGGGAGAAGCACAUCAUCCAUCGCGAUAUCAAGCUGGACAACAUCGUGUUGUCAGCGGACUACAGCACACCGAUGAUAAUCGACUUUGGCCUUGCCGAGUUUGUUGUUAACGAGGAGGGGCAGUGGUACGUUGUGGGCGGGACGCGCAACUACGCCGCGCCAGAGAGCAUCGCCGCGGUGGCAAAUGGGCAUAUUGAUAUGAAGGAGCCCGGGAUCACGAUGCACAAGGGCGACCUCUUCAGCCUCGGUGUUGUUGCUUAUUACCUUCUCUCGGGCCAACGGCCCUUUCACAGCAGAAGCUUUGACAAGAUGCACGAGGAGAUGCGGCGUGGUGUCGCCUGCGCAGGUCCGCUCUGGGACGGCAUCUCCACCGAUGCACGGGAGCUUGUGCAGGCGCUCCUGUCGUACAGCCCUGCGCAGCGGCCGGACUACGCUGCCAUCAAGGAGAACGCCUUCAUCACGGGGCGCACUCCGGGUGUGAAGUCGAUUCAGAUGCAGCGGAACGCGCGGCUCCUCUUGGACGAGAAGGAGACUCAUGCCGAGUGGGUGACGCUCGAGCCGUCGGACGUGAAGGAGGGGGCCGACGAGUGGGAGAGCGAGGUGCUGCUGCCCCUGUCGACUUCCCAGCGGUGGUACCACGCCUACCUGCCUCGCUUUUCUCGGUUCCACUCGUGA